ACAGUCUUGAUUUGGGGCGAGGGCUUGCAGGAGAUUGAAUAGUGGCAGAGACGCUGUGAAUAUUGACUUUUUUUUUAAAACCACACAACCAAAGUAUAUUACAAUACAGAACGGUUUCACGCAUAUUUGUGAGGAUAUAUCACCGGAAGAAGAUGGGUAGCUGCCUUACAGUUGGACCAAAUGAAGCCGUGGUUGUUUCUGGUGCCUGUUGUGGCUCAGAUGAGAAGACCUACAUGGUGGGGGGCUGGGCCUGGGCCUGGUGGCUCAUCACUGACAUUCAAAGGAUUACACUGGAGAUUAUGACACUCCAACCUAAGUGUGAGGAUGUUGAGACUGCUGAAGGGGUCGCCAUCACUGUCACUGGGGUGGCACAGAUCAAAGUGAUGACAGAUCAUGAUCUUUUGGCAAUUGCUUGCGAGCAGUUUUUGGGCAAAUCCGUCCCUGAAAUCAAAGGAGUGGUUUUGCAAACCUUGGAGGGACAUUUACGCUCAAUUCUAGGCACACUGACAGUGGAGCAAAUCUACCAGGACAGGGACAAGUUUGCCCAGCUGGUAAGGGAGGUGGCAGCUCCCGACGUGGGCAGGAUGGGCAUCGAGAUCCUCAGCUUCACUAUCAAGGAUGUCUAUGAUAAACUGGACUACCUGAGCUCCCUGGGGAAAACUCAGACAGCAGCAGUUCAGAGGGAUGCAGACAUCGGUGUGGCAGAGGCAGAAAGGGAUGCUGGGAUAAGAGAAGCAGAGUGCAAGAAGGAGAUGAUGGAUGUCAAGUUCCUGGCCGACACCAAGAUGGCCGACUCCAAACGAAAACUUGAACUGCAGAAGGCUGCUUUCAACCAAGAAGUCAACACCAAGAAAGCGGAAGCUCAGCUGGCCUAUGAGCUGCAGGCAGCUAAAGAACAGCAGAAGAUCAGGUUGGAGGAGAUAGAGAUUGAAGUGGUUCAGAGGAAGAAGCAGAUCACCAUUGAGGAGAAGGAGAUAGUCCGCACAGAGAAGGAGCUCAUCGCCAUGGUGAAGAGGCCUGCCGAGGCAGAGGCAUACAAGAUGCAGCAGCUGGCUGAGGGACAGAAGAUGAAGAAGGUUCUGAUGGCCCAGGCGGAGGCAGAGAAGAUCCGGAGGAUAGGCGAGGCAGAGGCCUGCUCCAUAGAGGCUAUAGGGAAGGCUGAGGCUGAGAAGAUGAGGCUGAAGGCUGAGGCCUACCAGCAGUAUGGAGAGGCAGCCAAGACUGCUCUGGUCCUGGAGGCCCUACCCAAGAUUGCAGCCAAGGUGGCGGCACCGCUGGCCAGGACCAAUGAGAUAGUCAUCCUGAGCGGGAAGGGCAACCGUGUGACUGGGGAAGUGAAUCGCCUCCUGGCUGAACUUCCAGUGUCCGUCAACGCCCUCACUGGAAUUGACCUAUCAAAGAUCCCACUACUGCAGAAGAUGACCUAUGCUCAGGCCUGAAAACACUCUCCCUUCUACUCCGAUAUCUGUUUUAUGCACUCCCAUAGACUGCCUUCAAUACACUUAAAAUUAUAUAUAUAUACACACACACACACACAGUGGGGAUAACAAGUAUUUGAUACACUGCCGAUUUUGCAGGUUUUCCUACUUACAAAGCAUGUAGAGGUCUGUAAUUUUUAUCAUAGGUACACUUCAACUGUGAGAGAUGGAAUCUAAAACAAAAAUCCAGAAAAUCACAUUGUAUGAUUUUUAAGUAAUUCAUUAGAAUUUUAUUGCAUGACAUAAGUAUUUGAUACAUCAGAAAAGCAGAACUUAAUAUUUGGUACAGAAACCUUUGUUUGCAAUUACAGAGAUCAUAUGUUUCCUGUAGUGCUUGACCAGGUUUGCACACACUGCAGCAGGGAUUUUGGCCCACUCCUCCAUACAGACCUUCUCCAGAUCCUUCAGGUUUCGGGGCUGUCCCUGGGCAAUACGGACUUUCAGCUCCCUCCAAAGAUUUUCUAUUGGGUUCAGGUCUGGAGACUGGCUAGGCCACUCCAGGACCUUGAUGCUUCUUACGGAGCCACUCCUUAGUUGCCCUGGCUGUGUGUUUUGGGUCGUUGUCAUGCUGGAAGACCCAGCCACGACCCAUCUUCAAUACUCUUACUGAGGGAAGGAGGUUGUUGACCAGGAUCUCGCAAUACAUGGCCCCAUCCAUCCUCCCCUCAAUACGGUGCAGUCGUCCUGUCCCCUUUGCAGAAAAGCAUCCCCAAAGAAUGAUGUUUCCACCUCCAUGCUUCACGGUUGGGAUGGUGUUCUUGGGGUUGUACUCAUCCUUCUUCUUCCUCCAAACACGGGGAGUGGAGUUUUGACCAAAAAGCUCUCUUUUUGUCUCAUCAGACCACAUGACCUUCUCCCAUUCUUCCUCUGGAUCAUCCAGAUGGUCAUUGGCAAACUUCAGACGGGCCUGGACAUGCGCUGGCUUGAGCGGUGGGACCUUGCGUGCGCUGCAGGAUUUUAAUCCAUGACGGCGUAGUGUGUUACUAAUGGUUUUCUUUGAGACUGUGGUCCCAGCUCUCUCCAGGUCAUUGACCAGGUCCUGCCGUGUAGUUCUGGGCUGAUCCCUCACCUUCCUCAUGAUCAUUGAUGCCCCACGAGACGAGGUGAGAUCUUGCAUGGAGCCCCAGACCAAUGGUGAUUGACCGUCAUCUUGAACUUCCAUUUUCUAAUAAUUGCGCCAACAAUUGUUGCCUUCUCACCAAGCUGCUUGCCUAUUGUCCUGUAGCCCAUCCCAGCCUUGUACAGGUCUACAAUUUUAUCCCUGAUGUCCUUCCAGAGCUCUCUGGUCUUGGCCAUUGUGGAGAGGUUGGAGUCUGUUUGAUUGAGUGUGUGGACAGGUGCAGUUAAUACAGGUAAUGAGUGGAGAACAGGAGGGCUUCCUAAAAAAAAGAACAGGUCUGUGAGAGCUGGAAUUCUUACUGGUUGGUAGGUGAUCAAAUACUUAUGUCAUGCAAUAAAAUGCUAAUUAAUUACCUAUAAAUCAUACAAUGGGAUUUUCUGGAUUGUUUUUUUAGAUUCUGUCUCACACAGUUGAAGUGUACCUAUGAUUAAAAAAAUUGCAGACCUCUGCAUGCUUUGUAAGUUCGAAAACCUGCAAAAUCUGCAGUGUAUCAAAUAAUGGUUCUCCCCACUGUAUAUAUUUUUUUUUAUAUGAAGUGGAAUUUUUUUUAACCUCUGGUGCCUUAAUUUCUACAGGACCAGAAUAUCUGCAUGUACUGCUGCUCCUUUAUAUGCUCUAUGUAUCUUCGAGUUCACUACUUUUUUAAUCAUGGAAGCCUUUUACAAUCAGUAGAUCACAUGGGAUGCAUUGUUAUCAUUUAGCAUGAACUGAGCCUUUUUUUGUUUAACUUGUAUACCUCUCUAGUCUCUACCUUACCAUGUAAUUUCAGUGAACAGUUAGCUGUUAAGAGCAACCUCAGUGAUUUUCUUCCAAUGGUGUACUCACCUUGCCAAUUAUACACUUCAUGAUUACUGAAUCAUUAUCCAUUCUUGCUAUCGCGUGAUUAUUGUAUAGGUUAUGGAAGUUACUGUACUCUAAUGUAUAUAACUUUUAAUUUAACUGAUUUCAUUUGUAUCCUUUAUGAUGAGUUAUGGGUCUUUGCAAUCAGGUGACAAGUUGUAUGAAGUGCUACAUAAAAUAAGGUGCUUACUAUCCUCAAAUUUAUUUAGGCUUCUACUACAAAACUCUGAGUAACUGGGAAUUCUUCCCACUCAACAAGCAAUCAUGUGUUUUCAUUUAGUUGUAUGUUGUAAAAAAUAUGUUUAGUACAUUAUUCCACCACUUUAAUUUAUAGCAACAAUAAUGGCCUUUUUUAUUUAUUUUACUAAUCACAGAAACCUGAUUGCCAGACCUUUAUUUCUUUGGCUACGAUGCAUGUUUCUAAUUUGGCUCAAAGUAAGUUGAAGUACUGAAUUGACUUGAAGUUUGAGGGAGAGAUUAUGAACUUUGUGGGAUGCUAUGAUCCAGGGUAAUUUAUUGAGAGAUCUCUUUGCCCUGGAGAAGGUUCAGUAUGUGAAAUAUUGAAGGGUUUUUGAGUCAAGAAGUAAAAUGGUGUUACUCAUAGCCAAAUACUAAUCAUUGCACCUUAUCAUUUUUUUAUCAUUUUUUAUUAUACAUUAUCAUUUUUUUUAUAUAUAUAAAUUUUUAAAAACAUGAGCUGGGAUAUGUUUAAAAAAUGAGUUUGUUCAUUCUGUUGAUUUCUUAAUUUCAUGUUUCAUUUGAUUAGUGUGACUUGACUAUAACAUUGACAGACACUUGUUUUUUUUUUGGGGGGGGGGGGGGGGGGGUUGCAGUUUUAUAUAGUAAUAUGUCAAUGUUAAACCAUGUAAGACAGCCCUUCAGGUUCUGUGCACAAUGUAAUUUUUGCUAAAGAUAACUUUGUAUAUCAUACACUUGUCAGAGAAAGAUAUCACUCCUGUUCAGACAAUGCUAUUCAAUGUAUUUAGUAAUUUAUCUUGCUUUUAAUGAAAUAUAAUUGUGAAAAUGGGUGUAUGUGCUGUUAUACUAUUGUCAUUCCACAUUACCUCCAUGUUUAUGAUCUGUUUGUUGAGCUCAUUCCAAGACGGAUAAUCACAAUCUGAUUAUAUUGGCUUUUUUGUGGAGGUAGACUAACUUUCUUAUUGUUUAGUAUCACUAUUUACGUUAUAAUCUUAAACAAGGUGGAGAGUAGCCCUUUGUACAAGGAUGGGGAAAUGGUAGGUCUUGUUCAUUUUUAAUAUAUGUGGAUGCCAUCAUCACUGAUUUGGUGACUUGCACUAUUUAACAUAAGAUCAUGGGAAAUGGCAAACCAAGAUGGGAAAAGUCCAGCUGUCAUGUAAGUAGACAGAUUCUAACUUGCUCAGUGCUUUUUUUGUAAAGAACAUCAGUUCUCAAACAAUGUCCAAUUGGAAAAAAGUUGUCCUUUCCCCCUCCCAGACAUAUUGUAACAUUCUUUGUAAUAAGUCAAAUGAAAGUUACUACUAUGAAGGACUGUGAAACUGUAAUGUUUAUUUUUUGCUGCCCUCAUUGAUUUGACUCAUUGCCAAUGUAAUUUUUCUAAUACUGUGAAAAUGUGUCAGUUGUGUAGCAGCUGUAAUUUAGAUUUUUGAGUUGCAUUGUGGCUUCACAUCCAAAUGCAUUGUUCUGGCUAAGCAUACAAUUUGUUGACAAACCACUGAAGAUAUUGUAUGUUUGAUCCAGAGGUAAUUUGGAAAUGUGCUUUUGUCAUUUUUGUGUGAGAAUCAUCACUUUACUGUUGUGUCAAAUGUAGAGAUAAUCAUUCACAGUGCAUGUACUUAUGCCACCAGUUUUGUGGUAAUGUAUAUGUUUUUUCUCAACAGGACACAAGUGAUCCUACAUGUGUGAAUGUUAUUCAUCUGUAACAUUAUAUAAAAUUACCAUAUUUGUCUUCAUCUGUCAUUCUAAUAAAAUUACAACAAAUA